AUGCCCGAGCUCUCCGACUUCCAGGCCGGGCAGACGGUCGAGCUCUCAACCGGCGUCAAAGCAACAGUACAAUUCAUCGGUAACACCCACUUCGCUCCUGGGGACUGGAUUGGGAUAGAGCUUGAGAACGCUUCCGGAAAUCAUGAUGGAGCUUUGCAGGGGCAACGAUAUUUCGAUUGCCCGCCGGGACAUGGCUUGUUCAUCAGGCCUUCCGUUCUCAAGAUCGUCGACGAGUCUACCCCGAAACCAACUGCACGGCCAAAUGGCAAGGCGAAUGGGGCAGCGAAAAAUGGGAGACCGCCGAGUUUGGCUGUUGGAGGGGCCAGAAGGCAGAGUGUCCUGGAUCCAGCGGCUACGAAGAGGCAGAGCAUGAAUUCUGCGAGCCCCACGCCUACAGCGAGGUUUGGACCUGUGUCAAGGUUGGGGGCAAUCUCCGAGCAAAUCUCCAACCAAGCAGCUCGGCUCGUCCACCUCCUCUGUGGUGAGAGCCAACACAGCAUGGACAGUAUCCAUGAGUCACCCGCAGAUUCUCCAGAGCCGGAAGCGCUCUCAUCGCCGCCAGUGUCUGAGUCUUUGGAUGAUCGUUCAAAAGCGACGGCCAUUUCGCCAUUGUCCCAAGCUUCAGGCGUCAGCCUUCCUACAUUGAGUCGGGGAAGAUCUCCGCCUUCUACGAGCCAACGCCCUCCGACUGCAGGCACUGCUUCUCAAAGGGAGGUGGAAGACCUAAAAACCAAGCUACGACUGAUGGAGAAGAAGCGCAUGGAGGACAGAGAGAGAUUGAAGACACUGGAUAAGGUUCAGGCGGAUCGAGACAGGUUCGAAGGAGUCAUACAGAAAAUGAAGUCAAAGUACCAGCCGCAACAGCAGGAAAUAGCGGAAUUGAAGAAACGGCUCAAAGAGAUGGAGGCAAGAUACCAGGCUCUAGAAUCACAGGAGGCAGAGAAUGACACGAUUAACGAGAUGGCUACUCUGGAUCGAGAGAUGGCCGAGGAAACAGCGGAAAACCUGAAGAUUGAACUGGACUCGCUACGGCAAAAACAUGAAGAGCUGGAGCUUGAAGUUGAGGUGCUUCGAGAAGAAAAUCAAGAGUUGGGUAAGGAGAUGAGCCCAGAAGAGAAGACAAGUCAGGGUUGGCUCCAAAUGGAGAGAGACAAGGAGCGCUACCGAGAGGCUUUGAUGCGACUGAGAGACGUAACACAACAACAGGAAUCAGACCUAAAGGACCAAGUUGCUGAACUAGAGCAAGACCUGGAAGAGCUGAACAAGAUCAAGACCGAGAAUACACACACAAAGGCGAAGCUCUCAGAGUCGGAGAUUACGCUUGUGGAGUUGCGUGAACAGCUGGAUAGUGCCCUUGGCGCCGAAGAUAUGAUCGAGGAACUCGCAGAGAAGAACAUGGCCUUGACUGAGAAGGUGGAUGAAUUGAGGCAGACCAUCGAGGACCUUGAGAGCUUGAAGGAGCUCAAUGACGAGCUCGAGAUCAAUCGUACGGAGACCGAAAAGCAGCUACAAGAGGAGAUCGACUAUGAUGAGGCCUUGCUUGCUGAAGAAGCCAGGAAGUCGGCUAUUCAGGACGGGACGAUCCAAGACCUUGAGUACACAGUCACGCGUUUCCGGGAUCUAGUCACAAACAUGCAAAGCGAUCUUGAAGAUAUCAAGGCCUCACAACAGAUCUCGGAGACGGAAGCCAAUGAGCUGAGCAGCCGCUCCAGAGCGAUGAUGGAUCUCAACAUGCGCUUACAAGUCUCUGCAUCGAAAGCUCAAGUCAAAGCUAUUGAUCUCGAACUUGGCAAGAUGGAAGCCCAGGAGUCUUCGGAGCAUCUAGCAAUCGUGCAGCUAUUUCUACCUGAAACUUUCAAGAGUGAACGCGACUCGGUACAAGCACUUCUACGCUUCAGACGAAUUGGUUUCAAGGCAAACAUAAUGAACCAUUUCAUCAAAGAAAGAAUGCAUGGCUCAGCAACGCCUGGUCAGGAGGAUGACCUUUUCACGUGCUGCGGUGUCCUGGACAAGUUGACUUGGGUCUCAUCAACGUGCAAUCGCUUUAUCAGAAACAUAAAGACAUGCGAUCUUGAAGCUUUCAGGAGGCUUGGUGGUGCUUCGUACGAGCUUGAGCCAGUAGAACGUGCCUUUAAUGUGUGGGUUGACGACCUGAAAAGAGACGAGCUCAAAGUCGAGCAAUGCGCCAUGGAGCUGCAGCGGUCCGUUUCACUCAUGUCGCAUCUGGCCGAAGUGCACAUCGGCGAAGACUUGGUACACUACGCCGAUGAAGUCAACAUGCGGGCCACAAUGAUGCAAAGCUAUUUGGAAAACUCUACUACUGCACUAUCUCAUAUUAAAACAGUGUCUGAGGCUAACGUUUCUACAACGAGCAUCGAGAGCGAUGAAGAGAAUACGGACCAGGAGGAAUUCUUCCGAAAGAUGGACGCGCUGAUUUCGCAGACGCGCAGCGCAAAAGUCAUCAGCAGUAAAUCUAUUCGUCAGCUGCAAGAUUUGAAAUCCAGAUCGCUUACUCUUGAGCCUUCGACACUCAAUACGGUAGAGACAGCCCAGAAUGCUGCUUCUGAGUUCGCCUCCUUCACCUGCACGGCAGGCAUGUCCAUACUGCAAGUCCUCACCGAAGAAGCUCGCAAUGUUCCAGUCACGUAUGAAGUCUUACUGGAUCAAACGCCAUUCGCAUCUUUAGCCGCAAAGCUGCACUCUGCUACUGGACAGCUGCAGAAUUUCUACAACCUAACAAACAGUCUUACACAAACGGUUGAAUUCCCAUCGCCCCCUCCACCACCACCUUGGAAAUUACUUGCGCAGAAUAUGCAGGUUGCCACCGCUGAUAUGGUAGCACGUGAAUCAGAAGUUGCGCGAUUGAAGGACGAAGUGGCAGAGAUCAACACCACGCUGGCUAUGAAAGAAAAGAUCGCUGAAGAAAUGGGUGUCAAGGUCGAAGUCCUUGAGAAACGUAUUGGUGAAUCUGGUGGACGGAGAGAGAAAGUUAGAGAGCUUGAGGCCGCUGUCGAAGCUGCGAAUUACAAGGAGAGGGAUCUCCUCGGCAAGCUCACGUAUCUUCAGAACGAGCUUCGAAGCCUCGAAGCUGAGCGCGAGAAUUGGAAGCAGACCCCUCAAGUUGCAGCACCUACAUCACAGCCCGGUCAAAACGCGGCUGCUACGACGUCUCGAGCGUCUCUGCGCCAAAUCGAUAAUCUCAAGUCCGAAAUACAAGCUCUACAAUCAUCAAUCCGCUAUCUCCACUCCGCAUCCUACAACCGCACCCUCUCGUCCACUUACAAAUUCGUCUCCGCGCCACUCAUUCCGCCACAAGCGUCUCCAUCACGCCUCCAAACCGAGGCCAAAGAUGUCCUCAAGGAAAUGCUCAACGUCAUAUCCCAACCGGGAAAUCAAAUUGUCCGACUACAGCCGAGGAAGAAAGCUGAGAGACUGCUCUGGAGACCAGCCCGCGAGACGAGCAAUUGGAAAGUGCAGAAUCAGAAAGAGGAAUGGGAAGAAUGGAGGGAGUGGAGAGAUGGCGUUGCGAGGAAGUCUGCGAUGAGCAAGAAGGAAGAAGAGAGGAGGAGAGAGGUGAGGAGUAGGAACACUGCCGGAGAGAGGGAGCCGCUCGCCAGUGUAGAGGUGCAUCUGUCAGGCAAGACAAUAUCGGGACAUGAGAUAAAGAUCGUGAGACCCGGGGAGUGGGACGGGCUGGAAGAAUCAUUGGGCCUAAAUGUGGGCUAG